AUGGGGCUGCUGCGACGUCUCGUGCUGCUCCUCGCCGCGCUGCGCGCGGCCGCGCUGACCGUGCUCAUCACGGGCGGCAACGGCGGCAUCGGCACGGAGCUGGCCGUCGAAUUCGCCAAGGCCGGCCAUAGCGUCAUCUCGGCCUGCCGCGGCCGGUCGGCCCACGUCCACGAGCGCCUCGUCGAGGAGCAGCUCGAGGCGCGCGUGCGCAUCAUCCUCGGCCUCGACGUGUUGGAUGACGCCAAGACCGACGCCUUUUUCGACGCGCUGCAGGCCGAGGGCGUCGUGCUCGACGUGCUCGUGAACGCGGCCGGCGCGCGUCUCGGCCGCGUCGCGACGUGGCAGCUGGCCGUCGACACGUACCCGGGCACGACCGAGCCCAUGCAGCUCGGCGGCCUGGACCUGAAGCUGCUGGGGAAGGUCUUCGCGGCGAACGCCGUGGGCCCCGUGCGCGUCACCGAGGCCGUGCUCAAGCGGCGCCUCCUGCGGUCGCCCGGCGGGAAGAUCGCCCACGUGUCGUCGAAGCUCGGCAGCAUCGCGAGCAACACGGCGACGGGCCAGAACUACGCGUACCGCAUGAGCAAGUCCGCGCUCAACGCCGCGGGCAAGUCCAUGGCCGUGGACCUCCGGCCCCAGGGCAUCGCCGUCGCGCUGCUCCAUCCGGGCUACGUCGCGACGCCCAUGACCGGCGACCGCGGCGACCUCACGGCCGCCGCGAGCGCCGCGGGCUUGUACAGGCGCAUCGUCGACGACCUGGACCUGGCGAAGAGCGGCACCUUCUUCGACACCGACGGGUCGGCGCUCCCCUGGUAA